GAGAACAUCGCUUUUAUGUAUAGGUAUAGCUCCUUGCACUCGUCUUCCCGAUGACACCUUCUGCAGCGAAUACGAACGACGCCAAUCGUCCUUUUAUACUUUUGGACGGAGGCACGGGGCGGGAAAUUCAACAGCGUGGGGGGCCGUUUCGACAGCCGGAAUGGUCGGCGUUGGCGCUGUACGAAGACCCCGACAUUGUCCGCGCAGUGCACGAGUCUUUUUUAAACGCGGGUUCUACAGCAAUCACUACAAACACCUACGCGCUUGUGCCUUAUCACAUUGGUUCGGAUCGUUUUCGAAAGGACGCCCCCCGGUUGUUUUCCUUGGCAAUCUCCUUGGCUGCUGAAGCGAAGGGCGAUCGUCAACACGUGCAGAUUCUCGGCUCGAUUCCUCCAGUGUGUGGAUCUUACGAACCUCAGUCGUUCGAUGAAGCAACGGCAAAGUCAAUAUUGGAUUGGUUCAUGCCUGUCUUAGGCGAUAGCCCUUUGGUGGACGCGUACUUGUUGGAAACGGUAGGGUCUACGCGGGAAGCUCGAUUCUAUCUGCAGUACAUGCAAUCUUUCGUAAAAGCUGUAGCGGAAUCUCUGGACUCGCUGUCAAACGGUACUUUAGCCCGGGAAAAACCUGUAUGGCUGAGUUUUUGUAUUGCAUCCCAUCCUGGUGCCACACAAACACCACAUCUGCUGACCGGAGAAACUUUGACUCAGGCCGUACACGCGCUGAUUGAAGAAGGGCUCUUGACUGCUGCAACUGUACCCGUGGUGCUCGUCAACUGCUGCGACGUAAAGCUGGUUCUGAAUGCCGUUCAGGAGCUACACGCGGUGCUGUCGCCACUGGGUAUUCGGGUUGGUGCCUACCCUAACGCCUUUUCCAUCCCUCCACCGAAUGCCGCGAACCAUACUUUGCGCCAAGUCGACUACAACGUGACUCCCGGGCGUUGGGCUGCCACGGCAAAAUCGUGGAUCAAUGCCGGUGCUAGUGUUGUUGGUGGAUGCUGUGGAGUUGGACCAAAAUACAUCACGGCACUGGCGAGCGUGGUGGCUCAGUCCAAGGAAAGCACUGAUGUAGACAUCUUUGAAACCCUAGACUAAUUUUGUUUCACAUAGAGACUCAUAUAUACCCUUU